AUGAAUACUUCACAAAAUAAUCAGCAUGGAGUGCACUUUUGGGGAAAGGUCAUUUGCCUGUUUGAUGACUGGCGACGUAUUUUAGGUUAUUUUCGUUAUGCAUUUCUCGCUGUGACGCCUUUCCGACGAUCAGUUUUGGUGAUUUUCAUUCAAGGUCAGUAUGCAUCCACAGGUGGACCUUGGGCAUCUAUCAAUAGGGGUGUAUUGUUAUGUGACGAGUGUAGCUCGAUCCACCGACAGUUAGGACGACAUAUAAGCCAGAUCAAGCAUCUUAAGAAAUCACGUUGGAGGCCGUCACAACUUUCUAUGGUACGUUAUCUUGCAUCUGCAGGAGCCAAUGGAUAUUGGGAACACAUAUUAUUUGAACCCAUGCUCAGUGCUUCAAACGUAGAUCAUCAUCGGUCUAGUAAAUCAUUUCAACCACACAAAAAGCCGCUACCCACAGAUCCAGUACACCCAACAAAAGCGGAUUUUAUACGAGAGAAGUAUUUGUUUCUGGGAUUUUUUAAGAAACCACGCAAUAUUAACCAGGAUGAUUUAAAUCAACAACUCCAUGCUAGCGUAAGAACUGGCGUUUUAGAAACUAGUUUAUACUUGCUUGCACUGGGUGCCAAUCCAAAUUUUAUUCAUCCAACUAAAGGUACAGCGCCUAUUCAUGUGGCAUGUCAAUAUGGUCAAAUUGGUCAAGUGGAAUUAUUGUUGGCCUACGGAGCAGAUGUUUGUAUUCGUGAUUCAUCUGGUAAAACUGUGAUAGAUUUAGCGUUGGACAAAGCAUUAGCAUUGAAUGAAUCAAUGAAUCCAAAAGAUGUUAUGAAAUUGAUGCGACGUGAAGAAAAAUUACAACUAGCCUGGUCGUCGAUGGUUGAUGUUCUUGUCUCAGCCUACUAUGAUUUAACAGAUAGUUUAGCUUACUUUUUAACACGUCAUAUACCAGAUCAUAAGGCUGCUUUCUUUGGCUUACAUAAUAAUGACAUGAGUAGAAAUACAUCGGCAAAUGCUAAUUUAUCCAAUACAGUCGAAUCUGUAAAGUCUCCAGACUCAUUUAUAUCAAGUAGUUGUAAUCAUGAUAAUACUGUUAAUGGUGGCAUUACAAAUGGUCAUUUUUUAAUUUCAACUUCAUUAAUACAUGAAUCGAAUGGUAUACCAGUGGCUCCAAAAUCAACGAAUUUAACAUCUGGGCUUGCUACUCCUACCAGCUUUUAUGUCAAACAGAAAAGUGAUCAAGAAGAUUGGAUUAUUGAAGCGAGAGAAAGAUUGAGUAAAUUGUCGAAUUUAGCUUUUAGUGAUCUUUGCAUUGAUGUAUAUGAUGAAGCGGAUCGUCGUUUAACCAAUUCAUUCCUCGAAAAUCCUGACACUUUUAAAGAUUUAAAGCAUUUAAACAACUAUACAGUAUUCAAUGGUUGUCAUAAUGAAGAUGGAGUAUUACAAACUGGUGUAACGUCUAAGGAAUUUACAUGUGUGCCAACACCGCCUCCGCAUAAAGUAACAUUAAGUCAAACAUCUACUACUACUUCACCUGCUACCAAUCUAACUUUAUUUUUUCUACCUCCAAAUACAACCUAUUCAUCGAUACGUAAUCAAGCACGUCAAAAAUUAGGCCGUUUGUCUACCAUUGAAUUUCAUACAUUAACACUUGAUGUCUUAACAGAAGCAUCUGUACGCCUGCUUCCUUUAUUUCUACCAUUAACACAUGUAAAUACUGUGGAAAUAUCCUCUGCUGAAGUAAGAAAAUCACAACAUUCAUAUACAGAUUACUUUAAUGCUACUGAACAUCAUAAUCGACUUCAACAGCAUCAUCAAAAACAACAAUUGAAUGAUUUCGUGGUCUCUCAUCGAAAGGGUCCUUUACCGUCAUUACCAACGUCAGAUGCACCAAUUCCUAAUCUGAUCGGUAGUGAACGUAUACAUAGUACUAGUAAUAGUAGUAAUGAUAGUUUGUGUGUUGAAGAAGUGGAUGAACAAUCGAAUCACCAUAUGAAUAUUUCUUUAGAAGAUUUGUCCGAUAAAGAACAUUCACAGCUGACGACAUCAUCACCUGUGUUGGGAAAAGCUAAGAAAACACUGACGAAGAAAUCGAAUGGUUUAGGUCGUUCUCGUGAUGAUCCAGUUUAUGAUCAAGUUGCUGGUGAAGUAGAGCUCAAUGAAGAUGGUUUGCGUAACUCACACACUAUUGUAUCGUCUUCGUCUACUCCCCCUCCUGUUCUCUCCGUCACAGAUCAAACUACACUUUCUGUGAAUGUACAAACACUAGAUAUGAUUAAUGAAGAUAACAGAUCAAGAAGUAGACAGAAUAUAACUGAAACUGUAUUAACACACAAUAAUAGUAAUAGUUCAUUGUCAUCUCCACUAUCACCAUCUAUUCCAGAAGGAAACGAAUCUAGUCAUCAUCGAUUACAAAAAGUUGAGGAUAAUGUCGAGAAGGAUGGAUCUGAUUCAAUUGGUUCAAUACCUCAUAUAAUAAGUUGUCCAGGUCCCGUUCCCGGAUCACGUCGUUUGCACUUGUCACAUACUGGUCGUUUAGUUCAGCACAGAGCUAGUGUGCCUACAGCUAGUGGUGGUGUCACUAUUACUACCACUGUGGAUAACAAUGAUAUUGACAGUAAUCCUGUUUCUCUUACAGUUUCGACGAUGAAUAUCAUGAAGUCAUCAGAACCGACAGAGACUACUUCUACUACUACUACUACACUACAUUCACUAAUUAAUCCAUGUAAUACAGAUAAUAACAACAGUGUUGUACGAAACUAUUCACCUCAUUCGCAUACAUAUCAUCAACAUCAUCCAGAACCAUGUUGUAUAGCUGCACGUAAUGAAGUAGAACGUCUACGCAAAGAGAAUGCUGAGUUAAAAACUCAAUUGUUUGAUCUACAAAGUAGUAAAGAUAUUGUAGAACAACGUUUGGAGGAUUUGGAGGGACGUAUGAUUCAAUUAGAUUCCGUUGUUCAAUCAUUAAAAGAAGAAAAGUCUGCUUUACUGGCUGCUUUCUCAGCUGGUAUGGUUAUGGUUCACAAUCCUUUGAAGAGUUGUCAUCCGAAAAACCAGUCAAUCAGUACGAUGACGACGACAACAACAACAACAGAGACAAUGAUAGCAACAAUAAAUUCCCCUCAAUUGAAAGAUGCCAAAAGUAUUGACUCGAAUGUAUGUGGUAAGGUAAAUCCCAUUUCUCACCAGUGGGAUUAUGAAAAAGAGGAGGAGGGGGAAGAAGAUAGUAUAGGAGAUAUGGAGGAAGUCAUGGGCAGAGGAGAACAUGGUGAUGAAGCUGACGUUGAACAGUAUAAAGAUGAUGAUUCUGAGUAUGAUAUGGAAAGAGUAGGCGGUGAUAAGUCGAUUAAUGAAAGCAAUUAUGCAGUUGGUUCACACUGUCUUGAUUCAGGUGUACUACUUAGACAAGGAAUUAUUCUUCGCGGAAGUCGAGGGGAAUCACCAGCAUCACUUAGCGGUGGCGGCGGCGGUGUGAAGCAUCAUUCAGGAUUUGGUCAUCCAAAUACUUCUUUGUCUCAACCAACUGUAACUCCAUCAUUUCAUAGUUCUGUACAAAGUAAAUUGACUGGUAAUCAUGAAGGUGGACAAAGACAAUCUUCUGUAGUUACUUCAGCCAAUCAAAAUAUUGUCUCAUCUACCUCACAAAAUAUUCCAACUUAUAUCAAUGCACCAAAUCUUGUUCAACAUCCUUUGCCCAAGUCAAGAGCAGCUGUAGUGUCAAAUGCAGCGAUCACUCUUGCUGAAGCUUCAAGCACCGAUAUACCAGAUGAUUAUACUGCACCGAAUACCACUGGUUCCCCUUCUCCUGCACCAUUACCAGUUAGUCAAGGCGUAAUAAAUACACCUAAUAGUCAUCGUAUUGCAACAUCUUGUGCAAAUAUGAAUAUUCCUGGUAGUCAACACCAUCAUCAUCACCUUGGGAAAUCAACAUUUAUACCACCGAGCUCACUUUCAAAUAAACCUAACCUAAUUGAAGAUAAGAAAAAUUUACAUCACACUGAAGUCUUAGUAUCAAUUAGUAAGUCAUCUCCAGAUUAUGACAAUGCCUCACGUUCAUCUUCUUCAUCAGCAUCAGUAAAAACAAAUUCACUAUGUGAACCAUCCUUUCAACAUCAUAUUGGAAAGUCUUCAACUAGAAAAUAUACUGGUGCAGUUGCUGGUAUUGAUCGGAUAUGGAAAGCUCCAAGCUCUGAACGUGUUGUUCGAUGUGUUGAAACAAUCAUUAUGCGUAUUCGUAAUCUAGUAGAGCUUGCUAACGGUGAUCGUCGGGGUAAUAGUGCCCAGUGUUCACGUUUAAUUCAAUCAGCUGUUCAAGAAUUAUUAAAUUUAUUUCCUAAACAAGAAUCUAGACCAACUGAAGUAGAAAAUGCUUUAAAUGAUUUGGCCACAGAAUCAUAUAACUUACGACAACAUUGUGAAAAAAUUGUCUCUACAUUUGAUAGUUCUGAUAGAUUUGAAAUAA